AUGGUAAAACAAUGUUGCAUACGUAUACAGUGUCAUCUACUCCUAGUAAAAGUUAGGAUUGAAGAAAUUGUUGAUCAACCUUCGUGUAGUAGAAGGCUAUUUUUGGAAUGGAAGGAAACUGAAAUAGGGGAUUGUAUUGGAUCAAGUAAACCAGAUGUUGUGCCAACAAACGAAUUUGAAAGCGACCAAAUUGAUGCCCAAUAUGAACCACAAGGUAUAUUUGAUGAAAUUCUAAAUGAAGAACCUGGAGGGAUUACUCAUGAAAGUGACAAUAUAGAUGAUGCUGAUGAUAGUGAUGAUAAUAAAGAGUGGGUGGGUGAUCUUGGAGGGUCAAAUGUCAAGGAAACUGAAACAAGGGAAAUUGAUGAUAUUGAGGUUGUAAACAACGAGGUAUUCUUAUACGAGUCAUCAUCUGAUGAAGGUGGGAGCAAUAGGAGAAGAAAGUCAAUUAAGGCAAUUCGAAGGGCACUGGAAAACAGUAAAGCAAGAGUUAGUGAUCCAUUCUAUGUGUACCAAAAAUUCACCUCAUCUGAAGAAUUGAAAGAUGCAAUAAGAAAACAUGUUGUGGAGACGAGGGAACUAGACUUCAUAAAAAAUAACAAAAACAGAGUGAGAGCUAUUUGUAAAGGUACUAUCCCAGACCUUGGUCAACUUGACCCAUGUGGGCCCAGUCAAAGCGAUAAAGAAAGUGAAGAAAACAAGUGUCCAUGGAUUGAAAGUAACCCUACAGUCCUUACACGAGCUUUACAAGAACAACUUCAACGUGAAUACCAAGUAGAUAUUUCGAAGAUGAAGGUAUUUAGGGCUAAAAAAGAAGCAUUGAAUCAAGUAAGGGCGAUUACGCAAGGCAAUAUACUACUAAGAGACUAUGUUCAAGAACUUCACACUCGAAACCCAAGGACAACAGUUAAGAUAGAGGUCAAAAGUGAGCUAAACCCAACUUUUGAGACUAGAAAUUUCAAACGGAUCUACAUCUGUCUAGGGCCAUUAAAGAAAGGUUUUCUAGCUGGUAAAAGAGAUUACCUUGGUUUGGAUGGGACUUUUAUGAAAGGGACUUAUCCUGGAAUGAUACUCACAAUAGUGGGUCUUGAUGGAAAUAACUGUACAUAUCCUUUGGCAUAUGCUGUCGUAGAGGUUGAGAAUAUAAAUUCAUGGACUUAUUUCUUAAGGUUCUUCGGUGAUGACAUUGAUUUGCAAGCUAAUUCCAACUUUACCCUUAUAUCUGACAGACAGAAGGGCUUGUUGCAAGCAAUUGGUACAUUGUAUCCAUGUGUAGAACACAGGUUUUGUCUGCGACACAUUCAUGAAAACAUGAAGAAAAUGUGGAGGGGAAAGGUAUUUCAGGACAUGUUGUGGAACUGUGCAAGGAGGGCUCAUUGUGAUGGGCUUCUGAAUAACUUGUGUGAGACCAUAAAUAAUCAAAUUAAGAAAGCAUGCGACCAAUCAAUUAUCACAUGCCUUGAGUUCAUUAGAGAGUACCUUAUGUUAAGGAUUGUGAGUGUCCAAAAGGUAAUUGAUAAGGUUGUUGGACCAUUAACUCCAACUGCAACAAGUGUGCUUGAAAAAAACAAAUCUGAUGUAGCUCAAUGUGUGGGUAAGUUCUGUGGGAAUGGAAACUAUCAGGUGAGUGGUCCAUGGAUGGACCAAUGUGUGGUAGACAUGGUUCAACACACAUGUUCUUGUAGAAGAUGGGAACUCACUGGUGUACCCUGUAAACAUACCCUUGUUGCUAUAUGGGACAUGCGAAAAAAUAAGCAGAAUGUUAGCGUACCUGAAGAAUGGGUUCGUUCUACUUACUGGUUAAAAACUUGGAAGGAAAUGUAUUCUUUCAAGAUUGAACCAAUUAAUGUAAGAAGAAUGUGGGAAAAUCCAUGUCCAACCACUUUGCUUCCUCCCAAUCAUCAUGUCCUCAUUAGAAGACUAAGGAAGAAAAAAAGGAAGUCAACUGUUGAAUUAGAAGAUAUAGUGAAGGGUGGUAGGGCAUCAAGGAAGGACAACAGUGUGACAUGUUCAAAAUGCAAAAAGCUUGGUCAUAAAAAAAGAAGUUGCAAAGGUCAAAGUGAUGGUAGUUCAAUCAAUAAAGGGAAGGAUGGGAAGAAAGAUCAAAGUUCAAGUGGUGGUAGUUCAAGCAAGAAAGAGAAUUUUGGGAAGGAAGCUCAAAGUAUAGGUGGUGGUAGGCAAAGUGGAACUCAAAGUGCAUGUGAUGGAAUUUCAAGCAGGACAAGGAAGGCUGGGAAUAAAGGGAAGAGUAUUGCUUAA